GGCGAGCGCUGUCAAUGAAUUGCUGCUUUUGCCAGGGCUGUCUUCUCUGCCGCGAACACUGCAUCUCAUCCAGAUCGCCAAAUCCGCCUGCUGGUUCGUCUGAAUCGUCUCUGCCCCGAUGGCUCUAUGGAACCAUGACGCUGCUGCGGACUUGCUCGCAUCUGCUAUCAAGCUCAUCCUCUUUGACCAGGGUCUCAUCGGGAUGCCCUUCGACAAGCUGGUCCCGGCGUCAGCUCCUCGAGUGGUGAGCAAUCCCAGUGGGUCACCCCGCCAGGCGAAAGUCAUCAAGCGGCUCGUGGAAGCGUCCGCAGAUCUUUUUGAGGCGAUGGAGUCGGCUCUGGCUGCUCUUGGUCAAACGGAGCUCGAUCAAGUCGUCGUCCUUGUUCACCUCGGAUCGACGCUGAUGACCCCGAAGCUGCUACUCGAAUUCAGGCUCGACUGCUCGAAAUCGUCUCCGCUGGCCGAGCCGGGGCGCCUGUCCGAUACCGUUCACAGAUCCUUCUUGCGGAGCCUCGCUGUGAGCAUGGUAUCACUCGACCGCCCCAAGUCUUCGCUGUCGCAUCUGAGGGUGCUAGUGCUUGUCCCAAGAGAUGUCACUCUGCCGCCUGGGUUUCUGCCGAAGCAGCAGUUCUCCCUUGGCAAAGCCAGGCAACAGGCCAAAGCCGUCCUCGUCCACGAUUUCCCACAUGCUGACGGCGGGCCGGACCCAUCGUUGUGGAUGGAAGGCUCGGCUCGCUGGGUGUGGGUCGAGUGCAUCCACAUCCUACAGGCGAUCCAAUGAAAAACGGGACCCUUGAUUUUGAGCAUUGGUGAAUGCUAUCACUCA